AUGAUUCCUGAAAAAUCAACGAAGGAUGACGAACAAGAUCUUAGGCCAAAGCCAAAAGAAGAUGAUUUUGUUCAUGGGUUUUAUAUUUCAAAACUCCAUUUCCCAGGAAUCGAAGAAUUUUUAAUGCAGAUUCAACAACAAUUACUAUCUGACGAUAUUUCAAUGAACGCAGUAGGUGCUGCAUAUUGUCAUUCGUUUUUCCAAUUCUAUACUAAAGAAAUUUCAAAUAUUGAUCCAAUGUUAAUUGACCGACUCCUAAAUUUUGUUAAUACCAACAAUAUUGAAUUAGAAUAUUAUUCAUUACAAUGUAUAUUACUGUUUUUGCAAAAAUCCAGAGAAGCUGGCGAAUAUAUUUCUCAACAAGAAUAUUUUGUUCAAUAUGUCAUUAAUAAAUUCCCUCUACCACUUGCCUAUGAUGUGUUUACAUGUCUUGAAUAUUGUAAUCCGGCAAUUAAGGAAGCCUUUGUUAAUUUAGAUUUUAUCAAAAAUCUCCUUAGAAUAUUAUCGCAAAAAUAUGUAGGUGAUAAUCAAAAGAUUGCAACAAUACAAUAUAUUAAAAGACAUUGGGAAAUUAUUCAAGAUAAUGUCGAAAUUUAUGAAUUUUUAAUAAAUCUAUUAAAUCCUAUUGUUGAAAGAUCAAAUAUUACAUUAGCAGAAAUAGAAGUGAUAAAUACUAUCAAUGCGUAUAUCAAUGAUUCUUCAACUUUGCUUGAAUUAUUAAUCCAAACAAAUUUCAUAUCGAAUUUCUUCGAAGUUUAUACAACUCCUGGAUACACGUUCCAUCUAAGUGAAAUACUUGACUUAAUGCACUCAAUUGCAACAAUUCCUGGCGAAUCUGGAAAUGUUGGUGCAACAAUACUAUAUGAAAGCGGAGCAAUACCGUUUAUAAUAUCUGGAUUCUCAUGCUAUAGUGGAAAUCAAGAAGAUAUUUUAUUGUUAGCAACAAUUUUGCAAUUACAUGGAAUUCAGUUUUUAGAUGAAGAAAUAUUUGUCAAUAAUUUCCAAUUUAAUGGUGCAGACACUGAUAAUUUCGGAGUUAAAAAACAAUUGUUCAUUUUUACCGUAAGUUUGCUUUUAAGCGGCCAUUCUGGUGCAUAUGAAUAUGUUAUAGGAAAGGUUGACUUAUUCCAACAAAUUAAAGAGUUCAUUGAGUGCUCAGACGAACAAUUAAUUUUUUCAUCCUUGAAAUGCAUUUACUUCUUACUAUCAGCAAAUGUUCCGAUAUCAGCACAAAUUGUUGAUGAUUCUACUAUCAUAGAAUCGUUAAAUCAAUUAAUUGAUAACCAAAAUGAAUUGUAUUCGAAUUUGGCCGAUGAAAUCCUCAGUGCAAUAGAAAAAGUUGACGAAAGUAACGUCACACAAUAG